AUGGUUGUCAAAGCCCUCACCACCAAGAUGGGUGUCACCGGCUGUGGCCAAUACCUCGAAGAUGCCCUCAUCGAUGGAUGGGAGGCAGACAUCAAAAGUACCACCACCGAGAUCUUAGACAAUGAUCUCAGACUCGCCACCUUUCUUGUCAAGGCUUGGAUUGACGAGAACAGCAUGUCGGUGACUAUGGAGGAGCUCAAGGAAAAGCUCACUAAGGUGCAGGCGGUCGUGAACCCAAUCACGAGCAAGAUGUAUGAGAGUGUGGGUACCAGAUUGAGCUACAAGCCUGGUCUGGAUGAUGAGCAGGAGCCAUUCCACUUGUACGACAAGCUUUAG